AUGUCAACUGGAACUCCUAGAGCUAUUGGUGCUCUUCCAAAAUACAUACCCUCCAAGGCUGGAGGGCUCAUGCAACACUUGAUCACGCCAAAUAUCUCAGAGUCGCACCAUAGCCUUGUUGCACAUGUGUCCACCUUCCAAACAAACAAAGAUUAUGAUGAGAGUGACACAAGUACUACUGGUGAUGAAUCCACUGACUCCGCCGAAGAAGCUAGAGCCAGGCUAGUUUUGGACGCCUCCAGAGCACAGCGAGAUGUUCGUCUUGCAGAAAAAAAACUUGCAGACUCCAUCAUCAAAGAGAAUGAAGCACUUGGGAGGCUAUACAGGUUUCAAGCAGAAGAAGCUCAGAAACAGCUCAUGGACGCUAAUUUCAGUAUCGGUUACAUAUGCCAUUCCAUCCGCAAAAGCGGUGUCACAUUAUCAGAUAGUAAUUCGAAGCCCCGAAAACGUCGUCGCACAUCUGAUGAUGGUCGAGUUCAUGACUUGGAUGAACUACUGGUACCAGCCAAUCGCCUGGGCCAGUCAGGAGACUGGCUGCCUUUAACACCCUCAGCCAAUCCGAAGUUAUCCUUCGUCUUUGGUCAACAAACACUUGAAGAAUUGCAUGAAGACAUUUUCAAGCCUGUAGUAGAACUACCUGACCUUGAUCAGCUAAUCCUUCUUGGUGAUAACCUUAAAGCAGCAUUCAUAAAAACACUUGCUUUUAACUGCGAUCAUGCUGAUGAAGAUCACUGUAUCACCAUUCUUGAAGAACUUCAGUGGUUUCAACUAAACACGAUCACCAUCCGGCAUAUCACACCAGCAGAAUACGCGGCUGUCUUAUCGUUUACGUCUGAAUCUCCUAGUAUAAAGUUCAAAGCCAGAUCCAACUACUUUCCAGACACUCAAGAAGUCGAGAUUAUGAGCCCCUCCCCCAUACAUGAAACCAUCAUCACAUGGCUUCAGAAGUGCUUCAUCACCUACUCUUCGCAAAUCAGUCACGAUGACCAGUACAUUGACACACAAUUCUUCAUGAACAAUCGGCUCCCCGAUGAAGAAUCAUUGCAGCAAGUCCCGGAUAUCAUGGGUGUCGUGCACUGUGUUGAUCAGUUUGGCAACGACAAAAGCUUCGUUCAGUGGCUCGUCGAGGUGGGUUUCAGCCAAAGUAACGCAUCCAUCAUGCACAAAUUUGGGAACAUGGUGAAGAACAAUUCAGACAUUAAGAUGCUAAUCAAGAUAUCAAUCAAUGAGGACGGCACAUUCCAAGGUCCCGAAGAGCACACUGAGGUUGCAAAGUCGCUUCGCAAAUCUGGAUCGCGGAUGACCCGCGAGAAAUUCAAGAGCCUCAUUCCGCCCAAAACAUCUGACACGAUGUAUGGGCCUGUAGUCGUUGGGGGGCACAACUGGUUGAAGUUGAAGGCAGCAAGUUUCAAUUCGAUUGGAGGGAUCCUGAGCACUAUGCCUGAAGGGACUCUCAUCCCUGUUGUGGAUAUGGUAAAUGUAGAUCGCGUACUCAACAUGAGUGCUGCGAACCUCAAGGCCGAGAUCAUCUCUAUCAUGGAGGGGUUCGGGCUCGAGAAGAGCAUGAUAGACAAAGCUCGUGAUUCAAAACCCAAGCUACUGUUCAACUGGUCCUGCCGCCGCUAUGCAAAUUACAACAACAAGCGUAAGGGUGCUACUAGUACUACCGCUCACACCACAGAACUUUCUGGCGAGUCAUCUCAGGCCAUCACCCCUCUCACUCCUCUUGCCAGUGGUUCCACUGAACGUGACUCGAAGAAGCCGAAGGUUUCACAAGAGAAGGUGACGAACUUGAAGAACACUACGAAGAAGAAGAAGAAGGCAGGCGGCAAGAUGAAGUCCAGGGCUUUGUGA